ACGGGGUCACAACUUUGUUUUGAAGUGGUUUCGACAAACGACGUGCAGUUUGUAGUGCUUUCGGGCACAAAACAAAUAUCUUUUCAACGAUCGACUAGCAUGGAAGAGCCUGAGCAAAGUUCUUCACCGACGAAACCGAAGUGGCCUUUCAGACACAAAGUGUUGUUCAAGACUUCUAUGCUCGAUAAGCAUCGAGUGCCUGUGGACGCGAUGAAACGCGACUGUCGGAAUAUGUUGCAGGUCGCCCAAGGGAGGGUGCUCGCUGAAGAUCCGGAAAUCGACAACAAGACCAAAAAGCGGCUCAUUGACACAUCAGAACUGAUCCUUUCAAGGUUGGACAAGGUCCUCCAGCUCCGGGUUCUCGACCCUGAAAAACUGCGCAUGCUAGUGGAAAAGAACAGACCAGUGCUGAAGCGAUUCAGAGAAAGGAAUCAGCGGCUUGAGAAUGCCAUCAAGAGAGCAGAGGCGCUUCGAGACGAACUCAUGCGGCAAGGCGGGCAAGAAAACGGGGACGUGUCUACGGAGAAAAUUUCAAGCGACGACUCAGAUGGAGCAGAAACCCCGACAAAGUUUAGCUAGCAUCUUUCACAUCAUCUCCCAUAUCAUCUGCAUCUUUUUAAACAUUCAUUGUGGUCAUGCUGCAUGGUUGUCCAGAACAAGCGGUCUUAUUCACUUCAGACAGUUAUCACUAUCUACACUACUCUAGUUUUUUUUUUUCUUUUCCAAAGUACACUAAAAUACAGCUUGCUGCAUAUUUGUUGUGGUUUGGAGUUUUGCGAACAGUCAUUUCUGAGGCCAAUUCGAAUACAAAUUGGGUACCGCCAGAACCAGAUACACUACUAGUCGAACAUUGAACAGUUUUUGGGCAGUGUACUGCCAAUUGUAGAUAACAUAAAAUGGAUUUCACACUAUAGUUCUGAUAAUUUUAUCAUUUAUACCCACAUUAAUGGAGUGCAAGGCACAACUGAGCUAAUUCUUUGCAUGCGAGGAGCUCUUUGCACAGUUUGAAGAUUUGGUACGUAGCCAGUAGAUUGUGUCCACCUGAAUAACACAGCCCUCUACACUACGUAAGCACUCGCGUUUUACGACUUGCCUGCUAGGGUUUCGUAUAUUUUACUUCUGCACCAGUUUUUUGGUGAUCUUGUUGCAGCCAUGUGUUCUGAAAUAUGUGUUUGUAAACAAUUAGAAAAAUAUUCGUCUUCAUAAACAGCAACCAAUCGACUCCAAUACAAGAUCUGAGACUGCGAAUCGAUUUGAUUUUCGUGACUUUUUAAGGUUCGGACAAUUCUGUUGUUGCUUCUUUUUGGCCACCAUCGUAUAUUUGCAUGGCUUCCGAGUUCGUAAGUGACUCAUCAUUGUAUAUAUACAUAUUACGCAACUAUCGAAUUCAUUUUGCUCACGCUUUACUAUGUUACUGCAUUUUCACUUUCAUUUUUAUGUAUGUGCUAGAACAUGGCUCACGAAAAAAUAAAAUUUGAAGCUAUUUCACUCUGUGAAGGUGGGAUGACCAGUGAGGCUGGCAAACGCACUCCCGUCUCGGCUUUGUCGGCAUUCUUCACAAGUGCACCACUCCUCGGGCGUUCUCACUGUGAGCGGUCAACCCAUACUUGCCGCGCACGACCGCGCCAACGCAGCGCCCAGACUGAACUGAGGCGAAGAAACACGAAAGACACGCCACACCACAUAGAUUUUCUGCACAGCUUCCCAGGUCGGCCACCGGUUACACUCCGAGAAUGGCCCACCUCUGUCAAAUCUGUGAUGUCAUCAUGACAUCACAAAAAGUUUGGCGAUCUGCAACGUCAUCACUUCCUUGGAGGAGCCUCUAGUUCAUCAGCCAUUGGGCUACCAUGGUUGUUUCAUUCAUUAAAUGCAUCAAAUUGCAGCUGGAAAGUUUAGAGUGUCAUUGCAUAUUCUUCUCCUGAAAUCCAGAAUGGGACCACGGCAGAUCUUUUUUCAUGCCUC